AUUGUUUUGAGAUGGGCACUUGCUAAACGAAUAAAAGAAAAUUAAAUAGUUAAAAUACCGCCAUGACUCCUGUAAGUUAAUUUUCCAAUAAAAUAAUUUCUUAUUCACAGAAUUGCAUUGAUACAAAAUCACAACCAAAACUCCUCCCCAAAAGACCUUCUAAUAUAGAAUACAGUCAAUAUGAUCCAACUAGUAUCUAUCUCUAUUAACUCUAGAUCCGCAUCGACAGUUUAAUGUACUGAUAAAUGGAGUUCAUUUUGAAGUAAUAAAUUCAGUUGAAGAAGACAUUUUGGGAUAACUCGAUUGAUUCAAUUUUUAAUGAUAUAUGUUUUAUGUCAAUCAAUUUUUCAUAUAUUUACAAAUCGUC